GAGUGUGUGAGGUGAGUGUAACGAGAGUGUAACGAGUGUGUGAGGUGAGUGUGAGGAGUGUGUUUAACCCCGAGUUAUCGUGUUUUAUUGAGGAAUUCCUGAGUUUAGUGAAGGUGUGUGUGGAGUUUAAUACCGGAGGUCUGAUUCCUCCUUGCUGAGACAGGAAGUGAAGUGAAACAGGAAGUGAAGAGAGACAGGAUGGAUCUCAGGCCGCUGCUGCUGCUGUGCGUCGCGCUUUGUGCUGCUCACGUCUCCACUAAGCCGAUGGAGAAGAAGGACCGAGUCCAUCACGACUCUCCUCUCAGCGACAAGGAGCACGAUGACGACGAGAACUUCGACUACGAUCACGAAGCCUUCCUCGGCCAGGAGGAGGCCAAGACUUUCGACCAGCUUACUCCAGAGGAGAGCAAAGAGAGGCUCGGUAAAAUCGUGGAGAAGAUCGACGAGGAUCACGACGGCUUCGUGACGGCGGACGAGAUGAAAAACUGGAUUAAACACGCUCAGAAGCGCUGGAUCUACGAAGACGUGGACCGACAGUGGCAGGCGCACGACCUCGACUCGGACAGACACGUGUCCUGGGAGGAGUACAAGAACGCUACGUACGGCUACGUCCUCGACGAGUCGGACCCUGAGGACGGGUUUAACUACAAGCAGAUGAUGAGCAGAGACGAGCGGCGCUUUAAAAUGGCGGAUAAAGACGGAGACAUGCGGGCGAACCGCGAGGAGUUCACGGCGUUCCUGCACCCGGAGGAGUACGGCUACAUGCAGGACAUUGUGGUUCUGGAGACCAUGGAAGACAUCGACAAAAAUGGAGACGGGUUUAUUGACCUGGAGGAGUACAUCGGUGAUAUGUACAGUCAGGACGGAGACGCCUCAGAGCCCGAGUGGGUGAGGACGGAGCGAGAGCAGUUCACAGAGUUCAGAGAUAAAAAUAAAGAUGGACGGAUGGAUAAGGAAGAAACGAAAGACUGGAUUCUGCCAUCGGACUACGAUCACGCCGAGGCCGAGGCCAAACACCUGCUGUACGAGUCAGACACAGACAAGGAUGGCCGGUUGACGAAGCAGGAGAUCGUGGAUAAGUACGACUUGUUCGUGGGGAGCCAGGCGACGGAUUUCGGCGAGGCAUUAGUCCGACACGACGAGUUUUAAUCCCGACGGCUCUGCGUGUGAAAAGAAGCAGAACGAACUGUAAUUUAUUUCCUGAUUCCUCAUAAAUGAUCUCAAUCGAUCAAAACUUCCAUAACUGAGAGAGAGAGAGAGUUAUGUACAGUUACAGUUUUCUAGGGGUUUUUUUUGGAUAAGGAAAUAAUUUGUGAUGAAUUUAGUUUGUUUUUAUGUUGGACAUUUUAAGUUUAUUCUAUAGAUAGAUGCAUGUGUGUGUGUGUGUGUGUGUGUGUGUGUCUAUUUCUGUGUGUGUGUGUGUGUUAAUGCACUGAACACUUGAAGUAUUCCAGAGUCAUUUUGUAUAAAGGCAUUUCUGAAGUGUUCAGGUCCCUCCAGCGGCGCGCGUGUGUGUGUGUGUGCGUGCGUGUGCGUGUGUAAGGAUUCUGCCGGAUCACGGGAUGCCACACUCCGUCUCUCUCUCUCUCUCUCCGGCCCACGAUGAUGUCAUGUAGGAUAUAGUCACGCUCACUAUACAUCAUGGUGCUUUUUCACAAGCAGCACCAUUAUACACACACACGCACACACACACACUCACUCACACACACACACUCUGAGCGUCCGUCUCACUAACAAUCCUUAAUACUGAAGCAGAUCUCAUUUCAUAAGAGUGUUAUAACGCUUUAUAAGAGUAAGAACCCUGCUGCUUUGUUGUGUUUACUCGGCACUACACGCUCUUCCUCUCGAUCAUGAGCGCGGUGACACGCCGUCUGAUCUUUAUUAAUGCUUUAUUAUUAUUAUUAUUAUUAUUAUUAUUACUUGAGUCAGAAAUUCCAGUGUUCACUGAGCUUCCUUUUCCAACACUCAUAGGAAUUCUUUAUGAUUUAUUUUUUCCCUGUGAGUGUGUGAGACUGAAAUACAGUGCAGCUUCUGUACACAACUGUAUGUUUGAUUUGUAGACAUGUACUGUGUGUGUGUGUGUGUGUGCGCACGCGUCCUGCACCCAAGAGCUUUUCACAAUAAAAUAUAUAUAUAAUGGAAAAAAAAA